AUUGAUAAUCCUAAAAUAAAUGCAAUAGGUGAACUAAAAAGUGCUUCAUUUAAGAAUAAUUAAAACAUUAAAUGUAUUGUAUUGUAUUAGACAUAAUAUGUGAAAGUUAGAAAGUAUUUUUAGAAUUUAAAAUUAUCACGGUUGAAAGUUCAGUCGAAUAAGUAGUUCAAAAUGAGUGAAAAUACUGAGUUUAAAAGUGUUGAACACAUUCUGGAAAAACUUUCCAUUGAUGAUAAAAAUACAAUUAAAAAUGUUUUAUAUGGAAAAAAUACUUACGAAUUAACUAUUUCCAAAGAUGCUCUCGAUUUGGCGAAGCAAUUCAACAUUGAAUUAAAAACAUGUGGGUUUCAAUGUCAAAAAGAGCAAACACGGUUACCGAAAGUAGUCAGGGUUGGAAUUUUUCAGCACAAAACCCCUAGAGAAACAUGGGCAAAUAUAUUGGAGAUGAGAGAGGCUAUGUUUAAAAUUGCAGCAAAUGCCAUAGAGGUCGCUGCGGGUGCUGGCGUAAAUGUUUUUUGCCUCCAAGAAGCGUGGAACAUGCCUUUUGCAUUUUGCACAAGAGAAAAACAACCUUGGUGUGAAUACGCAGAAUCGGCCCAAAAUGGCCCAACUACCAUAUUUUUGGCCGUUUUGGCCAAAAAGUAUAACAUGGUGAUAAUAUCUCCAAUUUUGGAAAGGGACGAAGUUCGUAACGAUACCAUAUGGAACACUGCUGUCGUCAUAGAUAACCAUGGUGAUUAUCUAGGGAAGCACAGAAAAAAUCAUAUACCGAGGGUUGGGGAUUUCAAUGAAUCAACUUAUUACUUUGAAGGAGAUACUGGGCAUCCAGUUUUUGAGACUGAAUUCGGUAGAAUCGCCAUAAACAUUUGUUAUGGUCGCCAUCACCCAUUAAAUUGGCUUGCAUUUGGACUCAAUGGAGCCCAAAUGGUUUUUAACCCAUCUGCCACUGUUGGCGCCCUGAGUGAGCCACUGUGGGGUAUUGAAGCUAGAAAUGCAGCUGUUGCUAAUGGUUACUAUACUUUCGCUAUAAAUAGAGUUGGAACAGAAACUUUCAAAAACGAAUUUACUUCAGGGGAUGGAAAAAGUGCCCAUAAGGAUUUCGGACAUUUUUAUGGUUCAAGUUAUGCUACCGCCCCAAAUGGGACUAGAUCUGAGGGUUUAUCAAGAACUGAAAACGGAUUAUUAGUCACCCAGUUAGACUUGAACUUAUGUAGACAAGUUAAAGAUCACUGGGGAUUCCAAAUGACCCAACGAUUGGACAUGUACGCAGAUUUGCUUCCAAAAGUCAUUAAACACGACUACCAACCACAAAUAAUAAAAAAACAAUAGAAAUUAUAUUGUAAUACACAUUUAUUUUCUAUAUUUGUUGUAUAAAAACCAGUUUAAACCGAAUAAAAAACAAGCAGGACUUUGCACGUAAUCUUGUGUGCCAUAUUGUAUUACGUCAUCGACCUUCAUGUCUAUAACCUCAAUGUUUUCCCCCUCCACUCCACCGCCGUUUGACACUUUCAUGUCAUCUGUCACCUAAAUAAAUGCAUAUGCAAUUGAGUUGAAAAUUAUAAUUAAUUGAUUACAAGAUUUUAAAAUUUAACGUUUACCUCACAAUAAUAAAAAAACGAUUUGGCUCCAGUAGUAUCAGUGAGAUUGCAAAUGGUACAUAUUUCUUCUAAAUCCUUUAUCUCCACAUUGUAUCCACAUUCUUCAAAUAUUUCUUCAAUGGCUAUCUCCUCAUUGCAAAGAUCUUUAUCCACCAGACCGGCACAAAAUUCCAAAGUUAUACCUAAUUUCGGAGGGUACUUUUUAGUAUCUAUGGUGUCUAAUA